UGCUUGGGCCGGGGCGGGGCUGCAGCGGGUGGGUGCAGAGGGGCCGCACCGCGGACUUCGCAGCCGGGAGAGAGCCCGGCGCGGGCGGCGCGCACGGGGCCCUGCUGUGCGCGCGCCCACCCGCCUGCCGCCCGCGCAGCCCCUCGGUCCGCUCUGCCCUCGGGGUCGUGGCGCCCAUCCCUCCCCUGUUCUGCUGUCGCCGCCCGGACAGGGGCUCGGGAGCCGGGCUGGGGGCAGGGGCUGGAGCCGCGGGACCAGCGCCUGAGGUGCCCCGGAGAGGCCAUGGAGCUGAGCAGCAAGAAGAAGCUUCACGCCCUGUCCCUGGCCGAGAAGAUCCAGGUGCUGGAACUCCUGGAUGAGUCCAAGAUGUCCCAGUCGGAGGUGGCCCGGCGCUUCCAGGUUUCCCAGCCCCAGAUCUCGCGCAUCUGCAAGAAUAAGGAGAAGCUGCUGGCGGACUGGUGCAGCGGCACAGCCAACCGAGAGCGCAAGCGCAAGCGGGAGUCCAAGUACAGCGGGAUCGACGAGGCUCUGCUCUGCUGGUACCACAUUGCCCGGGCCAAGGCCUGGGACGUGACGGGGCCCAUGCUGCUCCACAAAGCCAAGGAGCUGGCCGAUAUCAUGGGCCAGGACUUCGUGCCCAGCAUCGGCUGGCUGGUCCGCUGGAAACGCCGAAACAACGUCGGCUUUGGGGCCCGCCAUGUUCUUGCGCCUUCAUUCCUCCCUGAGCCACCUCCCCCGGGGCUCACAUCCCAGGCUCAGCUGCCUCUUUCCCUAAAAGACUUCUCUCCAGAGGACGUGUUUGGCUGUGCUGAAUUGCCCUUGCUGUAUCGGGCAGUGCCCGGCAGCUUUGGUGCAUGUGAUCAAGUACAGGUGCUGCUGUGUGCCAACAGCAGGGGCACCGAGAAGCGGCGGGUACUGCUGGGUGGGCUCCAGGCUGCCCCGAGAUGCUUCUUUGGGAUCCGCAGUGAGGCUCUGCCUGCCUCCUACCACCCGGACCUGGGCAUCCCCUGGUUAGAGUGGUUGGCACAGUUUGACCGGGACAUGGGACAGCAGGGCCGACAGGUGGCUUUGCUGCUGGCUGCCCGAGUGGUGGAGGAGCUGGCAGGCCUGCCUGGGCUCUACCACGUAAAGCUCUUGCCUCUGGCCGCCUCUAGCACCACGCCUCCCCUGCCCAGCUCAGUGGUCCGGGCCUUUAAGGCCCAUUACCGACACCGGCUGUUGGGCAAACUGGCUGCCAUCCAAAGCGAGAGGGAUGGCACCUCGCUGGCCGAGGCCGGGGCAGGCAUCACCGUGCUGGACGCCCUGCACGUGGCGUCUGCCGCCUGGGCCAAGGUGCCUCCUCAGCUCAUUUUCAGCAGCUUCAUUCAAGAAGGGCUGGCUCCCGGCAAAACGCCCCCGUCCUCGCACAAAGCCUCUGAGAUGCCACCAGUCCCCGGCGGGCUGAGCCUGGAGGAGUUUUCCCGCUUUGUGGACCUGGAGGGUGAGGAGCCAAGGUCUGGAGUAUGUAAGGAGGAGACAGGCACUGAAGACGAGAAGGGGGACAGAGAGGGUGCCUUUGAGCCCUUGCCCACCAAAGCUGAUGCCCUUCGGGCCCUGGGCACCUUGAGGAGGUGGUUUGAAUGCAACAGCACUUCUCCUGAGCUAUUCGAAAAAUUCUACGACUGUGAGGAGGAGGUGGAGCGGCUUUGCUGCCUAUGAAGGCGACUUCACUGCUUGCCAGAGCCCCUUCCUCUCUUGUUUCCCAUGGAAACGGCCUCUUCAGAAGGCAGAUCGGGCUGUCUCUUUCCUGUGGAAAUAGAACUGUCAUAAAGGUGUAGAAGGGAGAGAAGUUGGGACACAAAGUCUGAGCUUGGAGUGGCAGUCGUCCAAACCCCAGGAAGAGAGCUCUAAAGAUGGGGCUUCGGGGGUAGGAAUCCAGGAUGCUUAGUUUCUAAACCCUGCUUGAAAGUUCUAGAGCCUUUGAAAGGGAGUUAGUCUAGAGGCAGGCACUUAGAAAGGUGGAAUUUGGGCUUUUUGGACAGACUGCUUCCUUGAACUUUGUGUUAAAAACAGUUCUGCUUCUGAAAAUAAAGUUUUUAAUCAGAAAAGAGGCCAGGGUGUUAUUUUCAUGGGAGAAGGAUAAA